GUUUGAGAGUCUAAACCCGGAAGUCCCGCCCACAAGCAUGACAAAGGGAAACAUGGCUGCUUCCGCCGACAACAACUUGGACUUUUCGGCGUCCCUCACUGGGAUUUUAAAUGAGAAACAUAGUCCUGAACAUUUGCAGGUGCUAAAAGCGUUCACUGCUGCACUACGCGAGGAGGAAUAUCGCGAUGCUGUGGAGAAAGAGGUCUUCUCCGGUCUUCUCAGUCUCUUCAUCCAGCUGUGCAUAGAGCUGCAGUCUGCAGACAUGGAUGCCGAGGGCCUGCAGACUGCAACCCUGCAGCUGCAGCUGACUUCAGAGUGCUUUAGAGCCCUGAGGAACUCCUGUGUUCACAGAUCACGCAACCAGAAACUACUCAGGGAUCUUGGUUUCAUUGAUGAGUCCUUUAAACUCUUACGUUUUCUUCUUCACAACCUAAAUUUGGGAAUAGACGCCAUUUUUGAGCCUCUUCGUUGUGGGAUCCAGUUUCUUGGUAACCUGGGAGUGGGAAACCCCUCGUGUCAGGAUGACAUUUGGAAGCUAAGCUUCCCUGAUGUUUUUUUGCAGCUGCUCAGUGUCGCCGAUGACAAAGUGGUGAACUACACCUCAAUGGUUCUUCACACAUGUCUGGAUGAGGCUAAAGUGGAAGAUUUGUCAAAGCCACAGAACAUCGCGCUGGCCCUGAAGGUGAUGGAGGUCUGCAGAACCCAUCCUGAUGUGGACUGGACGGUUCUUAUAGCUACUCAGCAUUUCCUCAAGUCUGCAGCUCUGGUAGAAAGCAUGUACUCUCAGAUGGGUCAUCAAGAAAGGGUUACUCUGUUGGAGCUGCUGCAGGCCCAGCUGAAAGAAGAGGAGUUCGAGGGCUGUGGCAUCCCCCCCAGCGUGGCCCGCUUCCUGGCCGGCUCCUUUCAGACGGGUUGCGGGGCUGUGCUCUCGUUAGCGACUGGUUCCGCUUCUGACAUUGAGCUCCUGCAGGAGGCGCUGACUGUGAUCAGCCUGCUGGACGUGCUGUGUGAGAUGACCUCAGACCACAAACAGUUCAUGUUUCUUCAGGACCAACCCGACCUUUUAGUGAACACAGUUGAGCUGCUGCAGCAGGUGCACGCCAUAGGAAAGGCGAGUAAAAACAUCUUCAGCCCCGCUCAGAACUUCUCCUCCUUCAGUGGAGGCAGCGACUCUUCUCCACACUCUCCUGUCAUCAGCUUUAAAGCUCACCUCGUUCGCCUCAUUGGAAACCUGUGUCACUGCAACACCAACAACCAGAAUAAGGUGAGAGAACUUGAAGGCAUCCCGCUCAUCUUGGACAGCUGCAACAUAGACAGCAACAAUCCUUUCAUCAGCCAGUGGGCCAUCUUCACCAUCCGGAACAUUCUGGAGAGCAACCAGCAGAACCAGCAGCUGGUAGCCUCUUUGGAGCGCCGUGGCCCAGUAGACUACUCUGCCCUCAGGGAGCUGGGCUUCCUGGUGGAGGAGCGAGAUGGAAGCUUGCUGCUGAAACCUGUGAAGAAGGAUUCCUAGAAGAAACGGAGAGGAUAAAGUUUAAUCUGAGCUCCAAUCAGGUUCUCUAUCAGAAUAGAUUAUUAGUUUAUCGCUUAAUCCAAUCGAAUUUAUGGAAUUUAGACCAAUAGUAAUGAAGAAAACGCAGCUUAUCCUGCCUCUGGUGUGAGAGUCUUUAAAAAUACAAGUCCUUUCAGGAAACACAGACAGACUUAAAGCAGCUAAAAGAAAAGUGCUUUAAAUUUAACAUUUCAAGAUUUUUUUUAAAUAUAAGAAUAGAUUCCGUCUGUCCCCUGCUGGGAUAUGCAGUAUUAUCGACACUACAAAGGCUCUUAAAAGAUGCUCCGGCCUUGAGUCUGGGGAGGUGAGGGGUUGGCGAGGGGUAGCACACGCUGAUGCCUCGUAAAGAGCCAAAUCCAAAGACAAAGCUCUCCUCUGUGCUAGUUUUUAAUUUUAGUUUUUGGCUUUUCGGAGAUGCUGGUGUCACCAGCAGUGGCUGGACUUUUCUCUGAGGGUCCCUCAGUGACCAGGAAACAGAGAAUGAUGGGAUCCACCCCCUCAACACCAAACCAAAUGCAAAAAAGCAGGAUCUGAUUUAUGGCGUAAAGCCCUGCUUUUCAAAAUAAGAGUUUAGACGCAAUACUAGAGCAGUGCAUUUUGUUUUAAUUUAUUUUUUUCUGGAAUUUUGUUGUUUUUUUGUUGUACUUCUGUACAUUAUGCAAGUAUGAAUAUUAUUACGCUCCCUGCAGACCAUUGUGUUUUUAUAUUGCUUUAUGCUCAGUUUUAAGAUGUGAUCUUACUCUCCGGUGAUAAGUAGGGCUUAAACUGCAUGCUAACAAAACGUUUAACUAUUGAAAUAUCUAUAAAUGUUAGAGCUUGUUUUAUCUCAUAAGUGCAUCUCAAGCAAGUAUAAAAAAAACUGAUUUAUGCCACAAAUUUAGUUAAACUAAAAUAAAUAUUUUUUACAAGA